UCACGCGAAGCUCACGCGGAGAUUGCUACGCCACAGACGCGUUGCUUCGCGUCUCCAGGGUGGGGAGGGGGUUUGUGAUGGAUCUGUUUCUGGACACUGAAUUCUCUGCGCAAACCUGUUGCCACUCAGCUUGUCCGCCUGGUGUGUUGACGCUCGUGCUAACACUCAGGUGCUAGCACGAACAAGUGCAGCUGUGCCCAAAUGGAAGAGCCGGCCAUUGCAGAAGAAGCUAUCCGUCUGCCGGAGGAGAGGCCGGAAGAAGCUGACCCAAAGGAAGUCGAAGUACCCCAGCAGGACAAGUUCGGCGAUGUUGAGAACUCGGAUUCUGAAGUGGGCUGCACGAGCAAUAGUUGGAAGUUGAAACAGAAUCUGCUGAGCGCCCUGCAGAAGAUCCAGCCAUCAGGCAGCUUCGCCCAUUCUGCUGGUCUCGCAAAUCAAUUCAUUGAUCCCAUAAUAUGGAUACCAGAUAAUCAACCGCCCAUAACACUUCCAGUGCACGAAGUUGAAGCGAAAAGGCUCAUUGCAUGCAGUCAUCAGGCUCCAUUUGGCAAAGGAUCUGAGACCAUUAUUGACCAAAAUGUCAGGAGGACAUGGGAACUGAACCACGAUCAGUUUCGCGUAUGCAAUCCAGCCUUCAACGACACAGUAAUGUCUCCCGUCCUUGUCAACGUGGCCGAUGAACUGGGCGUGCCCAAAGGAACGACAAUUAGCGCUCAGCUGUACAAACUGCUCAUCUACGAACGAGGUGCGAUGUUUCGAGCUCAUACAGAUACAGAAAAGGUUCCGGGCAUGUUCGGCACGCUCGUAAUCUGCCUGCCUUCAGCACAUGAAGGUGGUGACCUUGUUCUGACACACCGAGGAUCGACGAAACGCUUCUCCACUUCAAGAGAACAGCCCUGUUAUGCUUGCUGGUACUCCGACGUGCAGCACGAAGUCCAAGAAGUAACAUCGGGUUACCGCAUUGUUCUGACCUACAAUCUGGUUCAAACCGAAAACCCAGUACGAAAUUUAUCUGCCUUGGGUAUGGAACGGGACUACUCGGAAUUGAAGCGCCCUCUCAAAAGUUGGUCAGCCUCAGAAACCGGAGCAGUCGUGCACAUACUUGAGCACAAGUAUACGGACGUUAGCUUGCGACUAUCCGCGAUGAAAGGGGCUGACCACAGCAGAGUCAUGGCACUUCAACGAUUUGCUGGAAAGUACAAUUACAACAUCUUCCUCGGGUCCAUGGAGCACGAAAUGAGCGGGUCUGCGGAGGACGACUACGAUCGGUACGACUUCCAUGGAAGACGGUACGGGCGUGGAGGGUGGCACGAGGAUUGUGAUUCAUCCGACGAUGGUUACCACGCCAUAGACGAGGUCAUUGACGAGAGGACGACCCUGAAUCGCGUGGUACUGCCUGAUGAAGCAGGCACAGAGAUCCUGACGGAUGUCGACUUUGAUCACGAUGAACUACUCUGGGAUGAAGCGUUUACCGGCGUACGUGAGCCGGACGAGCACGACUACGAAGGCUAUACCGGCAACGCAGGCGCUCAAGCGACGCAUUGGUACCGCGAUACUGUCGUGAUCCUUGUGCCGGGCAAACGCACAGUGCAGUGGUGUCUGAAAUCCUACUCCAAAGGUAGCAGUGGUCGUGGCGACAUUCUCCCGCUACGGACGUGGUUGAAAACUAGGUGCAACCAACAAAGCUCAAACGAGGACAUAGAGCAAGCGAAGAGCGAUCUAUGCGAGGCCUGCAUCUACGUGACGCAGCAGAAUACUGAGACAAUAUUCGGAAGACCUGCUUUCCCGGCAGAUAUCUACAACGAGGCUGUCAAGAUCCUCUUGCAACUAGGGAAUUACGAUGGUCUUGUUGCGGCAGUUGCAAGUUCAGCGGAUCAAAAGUCAUCUGCAGCUUUCGCAACUCUUGCACCUCUGAUCAGUGAUCGCUUUGAGAGACUGGCUCCAGCCCUCACAAAAGCAUUCGGCCGAUUCAAUUCCAUCAAAUUCAUGUUCGAGGCACUCAAGGCACUCUUCAAUGACCAGCUUGGCGGACAAACCGGCCCCACGGCGGACUGGAUCAAAGGCACAGUAAAGCGAGCAAUAGGCGGAGUCGUCGAGCCAGAAGAACAGGACGGUACGACUCUGGCAGAGAUUACCAUAUCUUUCAGAGGCAUGUCUGAAGUGAUCAAGCGACGCACUGGUAAUACAAACUUCAUGCUAGCUUUUCUGGCAGAGUUGAUCAGAAAGGCCCACGGCGCUCUUCCACCGGCGGAAGUACUUGUCAUUGUCAAGCAUUUCAUGGGCGAUGUCCUCGACGGCUUCCUUCCAACACUCCUGUCGACAGGAGGCCAGAAGGAAAUGAAAGGAUACAACUACCUUGUCACUACUGUUGCACAAGCAAGCCGGAAUACUGCUCCGAACAUAGCAGAGCUGUGGCGCUAUCUCUUCCAGAACGACAUGCGCGCUGAAAUCGAGUCUUUCUUUACCGCAAUGGACCGCGCGAUCAUGGCCAGCUGCACAACAUUACUAGUGGGCGUGUUCAUGCCGUUUCUGAAGCUCUUACAACCGCUUGCCAAGGCCAACCUCAACAACGACUAUGCACCCAUGUUUCGAAAACUCUAUUGCAGUAUCUUUGGAGCUUGCAUUGAAAAUUACGUCCAGAAACAGCCCCCAUCAACGCAGAGCUGGGCACGAGAUCGUCUCAAGCGCAGCUGUGCCACCUGUUUCCAAGUAAACCUCUAUCUCACCAGCGUUACACAACAAGUCGGCCGCUUUUCUUUGGGAAAACCAAAGGCACAACAUGUACAACAACAGCUUGUCUCAGCCCGCAACAUCGACUGCACGCAUGCCACAAAGCCUUAUACAAGGCCUCUGAUGCUGGUCAUAACCAAAAGGGAUCGUGCCCAAGCCGCCUAUGAUACCUGGUAUGCCCGAUGCGAUUCCCUUGCCAAAAUGAUGGGAAGUUUUGAGCUAGAUGUGCUCUGGGAUGUGCUGGGUCGAGACUACGUGGAGCUGAUCGGGAUGCGAUCAGUGAUUCACUCCGCAGAAGCGAGACUUCCCCUCGACGUGAAGAGGCCGCCAUCAAAGAUAUUGUUACCAAGGCCUAAUCCACCGCGGAUGGCUACGGUACCCGCUGCGGCUUCUGGUCCUCCUCAUGCCGGCACGAAGAGGAAGAUCGAAAUCGUUGAUCUUCUUGACAGUGAUUGAUGCCGCUACUGGAGAACGAGCGCUACUGUAUAACUAAUGAAUCAUCGAAGUUAGGCGAGAUGUAUUCGCGAGUCCUUCUUCCUCGGAGUCUGCUCCAUACAGACCAUCAUGCGCGCCAACCCCAGACCAUCACAAUUCGAUAGCGUCGAAUCGAGAACGCACGAGACCGAUUAAGAUGACCACCGCUUCGAGACGAGCGAAGCCAUGGCUGGUGACCAGAUGACAAAAGUUUGACGCGUUGAGCUGCUCUGUACCGCAGAGGAAAGAGUCAUCUGCAUUAUAGGACAUCCAGAAUGAUAUCUCGGCUCAACCGGUCACCCAACGAACUCCACAAAGCAGGCAAAAUGACCCAACUCCGUUAGUACCACAACCACAUGUCUUGCCUACUCGUCCGUUCUUCGGACGAACACAAUGCUGCCGCGCCUACAAGACGUACAUGUCUCGCCAAGCC